CUUCACGCUCCCAGGGUGCUGGGAUUACAGAUACAUACUCCGCCACACUCGGCUCUCGUUUCCUUCUUAUUGUAAGACUGUGAGGUGGGCACUGUAACUGUGAAGUCCGUGACUUGCUGAAGAUCACAUUUCUGCAGUGUCAAAGGGUGUGUGGAAGGGAGUCUGAGGUCCACCUCCGGAAAUUUUAAGACGUCAUCCCCCUCGAAGGAAAGUAGUUGCGUCCAGCCCCCCUCCCCUGGUGUCCGCGGGGGGCGGGGCGGGGCUGGCGGUGACGUCACGCUGGGCGGGGCUGGCCUGGUCUAAGUGAGUGGCGCGGUGGGGGGAGGCUUCGGGGAAGAAGGCGCCAGGAAAGGGCGGCCUUUGCGCUCUGCACUUCUUCCUGUCUUCUGCCCGUCCUGGUGUGGAGUGAGUAAAGGGUGCAGGUGUUCGGCGGACGGCGUCCUCUUCACAGCUCCGAGUCGUCCCUGCCCAUGGCCCCGCUGCGAGGCGCCCCCCGCCUGGUGCUGCUGUUCAGUGGGAAGAGGAAGUCCGGGAAGGACUUCGUGACCGAGGCUCUGCGGAGCAGACUCGGAGCUGAUGUCUGUGCUGUCCUUCGGCUCUCUGGUCCACUCAAGAAGCAGUAUGCUCAGGAGCAUGGCCUGAGCUUCGAGCGACUCCUGGAUGCCAGCAGUUACAAGGAGGCCUAUCGGAGUGACAUGAUCCGCUGGGGCGAGGAGAAGCGGCGGGCCGAUGCCGGCUUCUUCUGCAGGAAGGUCGUGGAGGGUGUCUCCCAGCAGGUGUGGCUGGUGAGUGACACACGACGGGUGUCGGAUGUGCAGUGGUUCCAGGAGGCCUAUGGCACCGUGACGCAGACUGUCCGUGUGGUGGCCUCGGAGCAGAGCCGUCGGCAGCGGGGCUGGGUGUUCACGCCAGGGGUGGAUGACGCGGAGUCAGAGUGUGGCCUGGACAACCUGGAUGGCUUCGACUGGGUCAUUGAGAACCACGGAGACGAGCAGCAGCUGGAGGAGGAGCUGGAGAAGCUACUGGGAUUCAUCCGCUCAAGACUCUAAGAGUCAGGGUCCAGGCAGAAGCAAGGGCUGCCGGGCCAGACCAGGCCGAUCCUGCAGUGCUGGGGUCCCAACCCUCAUGGACAAGGGGGCGUGGACAGCGGGGAAGCCUGCAGGAGCCACCCUCUCUGUGGAGAGGAUCCCUGCCUCUUCAGGACGCUGACGGAACAGAGGAGGUGGACUCGCUGUGCUCAGAGCGGGAACUUCGCCACCUCCGGGGGCCUGUGCUGGCCUUGCCUUCCUGUCCGGAUGGGGAGCAUCCCAGCAUGCUCGCCAAUAAACCUCCUUGGAGCGCA